CGGUUCCCUCUCGUAGAGAUAGAACCCAGUCCCUCUCUGUGUUCAGCGAGAGAGAACGGGCGAGAAAUACAGAGCGAAACUGUUAGGUAACCUAUUUCUGUAUCGGGCCUAAAUCAACCAUGUCUCCGCCGCAACCGAGCCGAAACUUCCCGUCCAUAACGAAGUGCUUGGGUUCCUCGUACGAGUCGAUUGCGGCCGAUCUCGAUGGCACUCUGCUCCUCUCCAGUAGCUCCUUCCCCUACUUCAUGCUCGUCGCCGUCGAAGCCGGUAGCCUCCUCCGCGGCCUCGUCCUCCUCCUCUCGCUUCCUCUCGUCAUCAUUUCCUAUUUCUUCAUCUCCGAAGCCAUAGGGAUCCAAAUCCUCAUCUUCAUCUCCUUCUCUGGCCUCAAGAUCCGCGACAUCGAGCUCGUUUCGCGUGCCGUACUUCCUCGGUUUUACGCGGCGGAUGUGAGAUCGGAUAGCUUCGAGGUGUUCGACAAGUGCAAGAGGAAGGUGGUCGUGACGGCGAAUCCGACGGUGAUGGUGGAGCCGUUUGUGAAGGACUUUCUCGGCGGACACAAAGUGCUGGGCACGGAAAUCGAGGUGAACCCUAAGACGAAGAAGGCGACGGGGUUCGUCAAGAAGCCCGGGGUUUUGGUGGGAAAAUGGAAGAGGAUAGCCAUCUCGAAAGAGUUCGGCGAGGAAGUGCCCGAUCUUGGGAUCGGCGACCGCAAGACCGAUCACGAUUUCAUGUCAAUCUGCAAGGAGGGUUACAUGGUACACCGUAGCAAAUCAGCGACUCCAGUCGCACAGGAUCGCCUUAAAAGUCCAAUCAUCUUUCACGAUGGCCGUCUAGUCCAGCGCCCGGACCCACUCAAUGCCCUUCUCACCUACAUCUGGCUCCCAUUUGGAUUCAUCCUCUGCAUCAUGCGCGUGUACAUCAAUCUCCCUCUCCCCGAGCGCAUCGUACCGUACACGUACGCCAUGCUCGGCAUCAAUCUCGUGAUCCGUGGAAACCCACCCCCUCCCCCAUCCCCUGGUUCCCCCGGUAACCUGUACGUAUGCAAUCACCGCACAGCCCUCGACCCAAUCAUAAUAGCCAUCGCGCUCGGACGCAAAGUUUCUUGUGUGACAUACAGUGUAAGCCGCCUCUCAAGGUUCCUAUCACCAAUCCCAGCCGUUGCCUUGACCCGUGAUCGUGCGGCUGACGCAGCCCGCAUCUCAUCGAUACUUCAAAAGGGUGAUCUGGUGGUGUGCCCGGAGGGAACCACGUGUCGGGAGCCCUACUUGCUGCGGUUCAGUGCUUUGUUCGCAGAAAUGAGUGAUAGGAUCGUCCCCGUGGCAGUCAACUGUAAGCAAAGCAUGUUCUACGGCACGACCGUACGUGGAGUCAAGUUCUGGGACCCUUAUUUCUUUUUCAUGAACCCAAGGCCCACCUACGAGGUCACGUUCCUCGAUCGGUUGCCGGAGGACAUGACGUGUAAGGCUGGGGGGAAAUCAUCGAUCGAGGUGGCGAAUUACGUGCAGAAGGUGUUGGGUGAUAUGCUGGGGUUUGAGCGCACUGGAUUGACUAGGAAGGACAAGUAUAUGUUGCUUGGAGGGAAUGAUGGGAAGGUGGAGUCCAUGUACACCGCCAAGAAGUGAAAAUUGUCGGUUACUGUACUAAGUCAGUGCAGUAUUUAAUGCCAUUGGAGCCAGACAGAAGAGAGGUCUGAUUUAAUGCCAUUGGGUAUUGGCUGUCAAACUGUUGAGAAGGCUUUAUUGCUCAACUAGUAUUGGGUCAUGUUAAGUUGUGUAGAAAGUAAUUGCUCUUUUGUUUUUUGUUUGCAAUCUAAAAUUGCUUAAAUGUUUUUGAUUAUUAGAUCAAGAAAUUCAGACCUUUGUUACUGGUUGUCAUUAUUUCCUUCAUGGUUAAUGAAAUUAAAAUUUGAGGUUUU